CGUGGGCAGAGUGGGUGCGAGGGCGCGGCGGUGCAGGGUCAGGGGCUCGGGAGAACGCGCGGGUUCAUCUGCGCGAUGGUGGUCCGGCGGGCAAGAGAUUGGGGGUGGGACGAGUGGAUCGGCGCCGGGGCUGGGAUGGGAGGUGUAUAAACACGUCGACGGGCCUUGCGAUGUCGGUUCUUCAGCUGUCACUCGUUUCUGGCUCCAGUCACUCUUUUUCACAAAGUCGUUCGUUUCUAGUCUCGCGUUGAAUUCCUGCUGUGCAGGGUUUAUAUAGAAGAUGCAUAUCACUACUCUCCUCGCCGCUGCGGCGCUCCCUUUCACCGUCCUCGGCCAGCUCUCAGGCAAAGUUGGCCCGCUGACGACGCACGCUGCGAAGACUAAGGUCAAGACCUGCAGUGUCUUGGACUACGGGGGCAAGGCGGAUAAGAGCACGGAUGUUGGACCCGCGCUGCUAAAGGCGUUUGCGGCCUGUAAGCAGGGCGGCACUGUCGUCGUGCCCGCUGGCGACUACGCGAUGAAGACAUGGGCUACGUUCGAGGGCGGCAAGGCGUGGGCGCUGCAGCUCGACGGUGUGAUUUACCGCACCGGAACUGACGCGGGUAACAUGCUGUUCGUGCGCAACGCGAACGACUUCGAGAUGUUCAGCAGCACCGGCAAGGGCGCUGUCCAGGGUCUUGGCUUUGAGGACCACAAGAACGGCAAGCGGAACGGCGCGCGUCUGUUGCGUGUCGAGAAGACAAACAACUUCUCCGUUCACGAUAUCAUCCUCGUCGACGCGCCCAUGUUCCACUUUGUCAUGAACACCGUCACCAACGGUGAGGCGUACAACAUGGCCAUCCGCGGCGGCGACUGGGGCGGCCUCGACGGCCUCGAUGUCGUCGGCUCCAACAUCUGGAUCCACGAUAUCACCGUCACCAACAAAGACGAAUGCGUCACCGUCAAAUCGCCCUCCACCAACCUCCUGAUCGAGAACAUCCACUGCAACUGGUCCGGUGGCUGCGGCAUGGGCUCCCUCGGCGUCGACACCGCCAUCUCCAAGAUCCACUACCGCAACGUCUACACCUGGAAGUCCAACCAGAUGAUGAUGAUCAAGGCCCACGGCGGCAGCGGCUACGUCGAAGACGUCACCUUCGAGAACUUUGCCGGCCACACCAACGCCUACGCCUUCAACAUCGACCAGUACUGGACCUCGAUGAGCGCGCUCGCCGGCCCCGGCGUGUCACUCCGCAACAUCACCGCCAAAAAGUGGCGCGGCACCCAGGCCAACGGCUCCCAGCGCGGGCCCGUCAAGGUCGUGUGCGCCGACGACGCGCCGUGCUCGGGCAUCAACCUCAGCGACAUACAGAUGUGGACCGAGACGGGCGCGAAGAACGUCAACUUGUGCCGCUCGGCGCAGGGUUCGGGCGGGUGUUUGAAGGCCUCUGAGGGCAAGUAUGCGCAGAUCACACAGACGGUUACUGUGGCGCCUGCCUCGUAUCAGACACCCAGCAUGACGGAGAACCUUAAGACGGCGUGGGGGACUGCGAGCAGUAUCCCAAUCCCGACGCUGCCUGCGUCGUACUAUCCGGGUGUGCUGCCGAUCAGCAAGUCGCCGGGAAAAUAGGGCGUUGGUGAAGCGUAGGUGGUGAGAUGUAGGCAGUGAGCGUGGGCUGUGUUUGGUGGGCAGCGUUUCUUGGUG